CGGCUCGUUUUCACAGCUCUGCUGGUCGAUAUUGAUGUUGUACAGAUCAGCUCCUUCUGUUAGCGGCUCACUCACUCAUUUAAACUCGCAGCUCCGCUUCAUUCACAGGCCUGCUCAGUUAUGAUCAUGACGCCGUUUUUAGCGAGUUUUAUUUAUUUGGCGCUGUUAUGUAACGUUAGUAGGAUAUGCUGUGAUAAUGACACAGAAGAGGAUGAGCACGCCAAACACACAUACACGGUGGAGAUGUUCAAUGAUGCCGUCUCUAUUGCUCCACACUUCGUCAUGUUCUACGCGCCCUGGUGUGGUCACUGUCAGAGGCUGCAGCCAGCGUGGAAUGAGUUGGCAGAUAAAUAUAACAGUAUGGAAGCUCCUCCAGUGUAUGUGGUGAAAGUCGACUGCACAAAAGACACAAAGUUUUGCUCCAGUGAGCAUGGGAUCCGUGGAUACCCCACUCUGAAGUUGUUUAAACCUGAUCAGGAGGCUGUAAAGUAUCAGGGCCCAAGAGAUCUGCAGGCGCUAGAGAGCUGGAUGCUAAAAACCCUUCAGGAGGACCCUGAAGAACCCCAGACUGAACCCGAGCUGCCCAAAGUCCCUGAACCCAAACAGGGCCUGUAUGAACUCGCAGCCACAAACUUCAAAUCACACAUCUCUAAAGGUUCUCACUUUGUGAAGUUCUAUGCACCAUGGUGUGGGCACUGCAAAGCCAUGGCUCCAACAUGGGAACAGCUCGCCACCAGCUUCGAGCAUUCAGACAGUGUCAAGAUCGGCAAGGUGGAUUGCACACAGCACUAUGAGGUGUGUUCAGAUAAUCAGGUUCGUGGUUAUCCCACGCUGCUCUUCUUCACUGAUGGAGAGAAGGUUGAUCAGUACAGAGGAAAGCGUGAUCUGGACUCAUUUAAAGAGUUUGUUGAUAAUCACGUAAAAGCUGCUGAAUCUAAAGAUGAACCUGUUAAAGAGGAGGAGCAUGCUCACGAAAUCCCACCUAGCGCUGAACCUGAAAAACAAGAGUCUAAUGUUCUGGUAUUGACUGAGAGCAACUUUGACGAGACUGUUGCCAAAGGACUCUCCUUCAUCAAGUUCUAUGCUCCAUGGUGUGGUCACUGCAAAAACCUGGCCCCUACCUGGGAGGAUCUAUCUAAAAAGGAGUUUCCUGGACUGACUGAUGUGAAGAUUGCUAAAGUGGACUGCACCGUGGAGAGAUCGGUUUGCAACAGAUACUCUGUGCGUGGAUACCCAACUCUCCUGAUGUUCCGGGCGGGGCAACAGGGGGAGGAGCAUAAUGGAGGGCGGGACUUAGAGAGCUUGCACAAUUUUGUCAUGAAGCAUGCGAGAGAUGAGCUGUAACUCCCUCAUUUUCCACAAAGCAACACUAUCUACAUUUACCAUACAGUCAAAAGGACUUUUUUCUUCAUUUCUUUCCCUCACC